CUGCGCCCCCGCGCCUUCCCACAAUGCCCCGCGCCGACAGGUUAACAUGGCGUCCGCGGCUGGUGUUUGGAGCAGGGCCUGGACUGAGGAAAACAACAACACGGCCGGAAAGCGGGCCGAGAGGAGCUAGACCGUGGAAGAGAACCGACCCGAAAUAAAACCACGAUGUUUGCAGUGAGCAUGCGCUUCUGAACGCAGCUCGGCGGGCUCUCGGUUCGGACUGGAUUGCCCUUCACCUCUGUGGACGUCUGCCACAGUAUAGAAGCCCUUUGGGCUUUUCUUUUUUGUUUGGUUUUAUUUUAAUUUUAUUCUAAUUUUACUCAGACUGCUGCAGAAAUAUGGAAGAGAACAAAAGCCCCCAAAAGUCGGGCAGAGCAGCUCGCUCGGCCGGGGGCAAAGGUUCUUCCAAAGGGCAGAAGGAGGCCUCGUCUCAGAGGGACGGCGGCAAGGGUGGUGGACGCAACAAAGAAGGAGUGUCGCGAGUGAGGGAGGAGGGUCAGGGUGGCCAUGGUGGUGGGGGCCGGACUUUAACGGGAAGCCCUCAGGACCAGGGCAGGUCCGGCAAAUCCCGUCGACUGACCGGUAGGACCAACUCUGGAGAGAGGGGGAAAGGAAGGCCUGGAGGCCAUCAGGCUGAAGGGCGGCAGCAGGGUCAGGACCGAGGACCGGUGGGAAGGAGUGGAGCAGCACGGGGGCCUGCAGCUAAUCAGGGGAUGCUGAGCUUGAACUUGCAGGAGAACAGUGCUCAUAGCAAGCAAUUCAAACCGGCUGCAGCAAAGGACAAGCAGAUGAGUGAAGUGUCGGGGAGACGCCCUGUUGAGUGUAUUCAAGAAGUGAUGGGUUCAGACGAGGGCAAUCUCACCUCUGACCAGCAGCUAGGGCUCAAACAGGCGGAGGAGAGACUGCAGAGAGACUACAUACACAGACUGGCCAAGCAAUCUCCUGAAUACCCAAAUUUCCAGUAUCUAUGCAAACUGUGCUCUGUUCACGUGGACAACAUCCAGGGUGCUCACAAACACAUCAAAGAGAAGCGCCACAAAAAGAACAUAAUGGAAAAGCAGGAGGAGAAUGAGCUGAGGGCUUUACCUGCUCCCUCUCCAGCCCAGAUGAGGGCGGUAGACGCUGCAGUAAUGGAGGCUGCACGACAGAACGGGAUUUCAGAGGAGGAGUUCCAGCAGAGGCAGGGCGUCCUGAAGCGAAUGCAGCAGAUCAUUCAGAAACACCUGCCAACCUGUUCCCUUCGUCUUUAUGGGUCCUGCCUCACCCGCUUCGCCUUCAAGACCAGUGACCUCAACAUAGAUGUUGCUUAUCCUCCUAAUAUGACUCAGCCUGAUGUGCUCAUCCAGGUCCUGGACAUCUUGAAGAAGAGCGCGGAGUUCUCUGAGGUGGAGUCAGACUUCCACGCUAAAGUCCCCGUGGUGUUCUGCCGGGACGCAGCCAGUGGGUUGCCGUGUAAAGUGAGUGCAGGAAAUGAUGUUGCCUGUCUGACAACAAAUCACCUGGCAGCUCUGGCCAGACUGGAGCCCCGACUUGUUCCUCUGGUGCUGGCAUUCCGCUACUGGGCCAAGCUGUGUCAUGUAGAUUGCCAGGCAGAGGGUGGUAUCCCCUCCUACUCCUUCUCUCUGAUGGUCAUCUUCUUCCUGCAGCAGAGGAAGCAGCCCAUUCUGCCUGUCUAUCUGGGCUGCUGGAUUGAUGGCUUUGAUGUGAAGCGUGUGGAUGAGUAUCACCUGACCGGAGUUCAGACUGAGGGGUUGUACGUGGGCUGGGAGCACAGGCCCGGCAGUGCCAGCGAUGGACGCAGAGACUCCAGGCCUAAACCUGAAACCCAGAAACGGGAAGCCGAGAAGAAGAGCGAGAACGUUCAGGGCAAGACUCGUCUGGUGCUGGAGAAAACAGAGUCUGUGUCUCUGGGGCAGCUGUGGUUGGAGCUGUUGCGGUUUUACACUCUAGAGUUUGCUCUUGAGGAUUACAUCAUCAGCAUCCGCCUGAAGGAGCUGCUGCCCAGAGAUGCCAAAAACUGGCCUCGCCGACGUCUCGCUAUCGAGGACCCCUUUGCUCUGAAAAGGAACGUGGCUCGCAGUCUGAACAGUCAGAUGGUGUUCGAGUACAUCCAGGAGCGUUUCCGGAUGGCCUACCGAUACUUCGCCUGCCCUCAGAGCCGCAACGGCAUUCGAGCCAGAAGAGCCAAACACCGCUCUAAAGCCGCCAGAGCCGGACCCUCUGACCCCGCCCACAUCCAGACCCCCAGAGACUCUCGGGGCCAGGCCAACAGAGCACAGGAGAGGGAUGGAGACAGCAGUGGGGAGGAGGAGGAGGAAAAUGAAGAGGAGGAUAACGAUGAUGAAGAUGAUGAGGAGGAAGAGGAGGAGGAUCUAGAGACUGGUGAUGAAGAGCAGUGUGUUAGCAGGGGCUUGACCAGGCUGCUGGUCACAGAGUCUGGAAAGCGGGACACAUCCCAUCAGACCUCAUCCCCUUCCCCCCAGAACGGCCUGCUCCUGGAUAGUGAGGAUGAGGAGCAGGAGGAAGAGAGGAGGAAGGUUCCGGAACAGAGCAGCAUUGCGCCCGAGGACUUGCACUAUAUAUUUGAUCGAAUGAUUUUCACUGGAGGAAAGCCCCCCACCGUGGUGUGCAGCAUCUGUAAGCGGGAUGGCCACCUGAAGGACGACUGCCCUGAGGACUUUAAGAAGAUGGAGCUUGCCCCUCUGCCACCCAUGUCUGAGCGCUUUAGAGAAAUACUGGACAACCUCUGCAAACUCUGCUACCAUGAACUUUCUCCAACUCUGGGGGAGCAGCAGAAGCGGGAGCAGAUUCUCUGCAGUCUGGAGCGCUUUAUUAGGAAGGAGUAUAAUGAUAAGGCCCAGCUGUGUCUGUUUGGGUCCUCCAAAAAUGGAUUUGGUUUCCGUGACAGCGACCUGGAUAUCUGUAUGACUCUGGAGGGUCAUGAUACCGCAGAGAAACUAAACUGCAAAGAGAUCAUUGAGGGACUAGCCAAGAUCCUAAAGAAACACACAGGUCUAAGGAACAUCUUGCCUAUAACGACCGCUAAAGUGCCUAUCGUGAAGUUUGAACACAAGCAAAGUGGGCUGGAGGGAGACAUCAGCCUCUACAAUACACUGGCACAGCACAACACGCGCAUGCUGGCCACCUACGCAGCGCUGGACCCACGAGUGCAGUUACUGGGCUACACCAUGAAGGUGUUUGCAAAGCGCUGUGAUAUUGGAGAUGCGUCGAGGGGAAGUCUCUCCUCCUAUGCCUACAUCCUUAUGGUGCUGUAUUUCCUGCAGCAGAGACAGCCUCCCGUUAUUCCCGUUCUACAGGAGAUUUACGAUGGUAACACCAUGCCUCAGAGGAUGGUGGACGGCUGGAACGCUUUCUUCUUUGAUGAUCUGGAGGAGCUGCGUCUGCGUUUGUCGGAGUUCCAGAAGAACCGGGAGACGGUGGGGGAGCUGUGGCUCGGCCUGCUGCGCUUCUACACCGAGGAGUUCGACUUCAAGGAGCACGUGAUCUCCAUCCGCCAGCGCAAGCGCCUCACCACCUUCGAGAAGCAGUGGACCUCCAAGUGCAUCGCCAUCGAAGAUCCCUUUGACUUGAAUCAUAACCUUGGUGCUGGAGUCUCUCGCAAAAUGACUAAUUUCAUCAUGAAGGCGUUUAUUAAUGGGAGGAAGCUGUUUGGCACUCCCUUCUACCCACAGCCAGGGAUGGAAGCAGAGUACUUUUUUGACUCUAAGGUUCUGACGGAUGGUGAAUUGGCCCCGAAUGAUCGCUGCUGUCGUAUCUGUGGAAAGAUCGGUCACUAUAUGAAGGACUGCCCAAAGAGACGCAGAAUGAAGAAGAAGGAGAACGAUAAGGAUGAAGAGGUUCGGGAUGAGGACCGAGAGCCCAGAGAGAGGCGCUGUUUCCAGUGUGGGGACAUGGGCCACGUCCGCAGAGACUGUCCUGAAUACAGACACCUCCGCCAGAGAGGAACAUCUGCACCAGUUCCUCAGAUGGUGCGCUCCAUGGUGAGCUCUCAGGCCAUCCCUAUUCCUCAGAGUGGGGUGUCCCAGGACCGACCCGGCAGGACCAGGCAACAGUCUGAAUGUUCUGAUACUCGUCAGACUCCCCCGUACUCCCCUCAGCCGUCUUCGUUCUCUCAGUCCUCCGUGUCUCCUCAGUCAUCUCAGAGCACCAAGCCUUCCUCCGGCUCCUCUUCCUCCGCCGCUCCGUCCAAAGUCCCCCAGCCUGGUCCUGCUCCAUCUCAACAGCAGCAGGUGCAGCUCUCGGUCUUCGGUUUCCCCCCGUCUCACCCGGGCCAGUUCCACCAUGCCCUGGGUCUGCUGCAGCCCCACGUCCAGCCCCCUCACGGCACGCUGGCCCCCGGCUCGUGGCCCCUGCACGGCCCUCCGGUGCGAAAGGGCAAAGGAAACGCAGGGGCUGGGCAGCAGGCCGGUAGUCCUUCUGCUGUCAACCUGAAUGACCCCAGCAUUAUCUUUGCCCAGCCAGCCGGGAGGGUGGCUGGUGUCGGGGGGCCGACCCGGGAAGGGGGGCACCACUGGCACAAUCACCACCUCAACCCGGGGACACUGGUGGCUAAUGGCACAGUGGGGAAAGCAGAAGCAGGUUUCCAGGCUGCGUUUGGCGGUGUAGCUCCGGCGUCUCGCUCGUGGGAGCACAGCGGCGGUGCUGGUUCAUUCUCUCUUUCACCCUCCUGGGCUUACCGUAUGCCCCAGUCCUACCUGCAGCAACCCAACAAACCCUUCAUCUCACAGGGUACGAGAGGUGCAGUGGCAAACCAACACUUCCCCCUUCUUCAGUCCGGUCGGCACGUCAAUCUUAGCUACGUUCAGCAGAAGAAAUGAGUUCUGACACUUUCUUUUGAAUCCAACGCCCAAGGUCCUUAUAAAAAAAAAAAAGAAA